AUGCUGUUCUUCACGAGCAUUCUCGCGCUCUAUGCUACACAGAGCGUUGUGAUGGCCCAAUCAGAGCCUUUACGUCCCGAUGCAGAUGGCCGGUAUACACUGGAGGCCGAAGGGAUCAAGGCGCAGUUUAUCCCGUAUGGCGCAACGCUCACCAAUCUCUUUGUGAAAGACAAGAAUGGCAUUGAGCGCGACAUCGUCCUAGGCUAUGACAACACGUCUUACUACCCGGUCGAUCCUGGGCAUCCAGUAUACAAUGCGAUCCCUGGUCGCUACGUCAACCGCAUCGGAAAAGGACAGUUCAAGAUUGAUAACGUUACCUACCACACUCCGCUGAACGACGGACCCAACACGCUCCAUGGCGGUACGAACAAUUGGUCUUACCGAACCUGGGAAGUCAAGAACUCGACCAACAGCUCGAUUACGUUUGGAAUCGACGACCCGUCAAACUCGACUGGAAUGCCGGGACGUGUGCUGGCGAGCGUCACGUACUCUGUCUCGAAGAACAAGUGGAGUAUUGUCAUGGAUGCCAUGUCCCCUGAGCACAAGACGCCCAUCAUGCUCACCCAGCACACGUACUUCCAGCUGGAUGCGUUUGCGAAUCCCGAGAAUCGAACGAUAUGGAACCAUACUUUGUACAUGCCCGAGGCCAAACGCGUGUUGGAAGCUGAUGCCAAUGCACUCCCCACAGGCGUCAUUGCAGAUGUUGCUCCAGGAGACAUGAGCGACUUUGCGUCUACCCCUCGUGCACUUGGCUUUGCAUCAGAUCGGGCGGAGUUUGAGAAUCACUGCGGCGCAGGAUGCCAUGGUUACAACGGGGCCUGGGCGUUUAAUGAAAACCGAGACAAGAGCGCAACUGUGCUGACGCUGAGCAGUCGGUGGAGUGGGAUCCAGGCAGAAUUGACGACCAACCAGGACGCUGUUGUGCUGUACACGUGCAAUUGGAAUGACGGCAAGACGGAUUUCAAGAGCACGCAGGGUGUGGCGGGACAGGACCGCAAGAUUCCUCGCGACGGCUGCAUCGCCAUCGAGGCGCAUGACUAUGUGGAUGGGAUCAAUCAUCCAGAGUGGGGUCGGCUGGAGAAGCAAAUCUUCGGGCCGGGGCAGGAAUACCACUGGAGUGCCGACUGGACGUUUGGUACGAUGUGA